AUGGGCUACUACAAACUCUUCGCAGAAAGCCAAUCCGCCGACCCCGCGCAACUCUUGGCCCACCCCGGGUCCACCAGCGCCGAACAAGUUCCCACGAACCCAACCAACCGCGGUUCCACCAGCGCAGAUCAAGUCCCGACAUAUUACCAGUUCAUGUUGGAAUCCGACGAGGCGACAUCACAAUCAAGCCGUUGA